AGCCCCUCUCUGAUCACAGCCUAAUGAGUCUGGAGUUAUGAUAAGCCUGUGUGAUGUCCUGCACCCUCAGACUUUAAACUGCAGCUUAGGUGGAAGUAUUUCACUUUUCUUUUUCCUGUUUUUCCCCCCUCUAGAAGUCUUUACUGUUACAGUUCAUGAUCCAUCACAGCAUAGCAUUGUACUGUGAGUUCACCUCUGUGGCAGGUUGAGCACUCAGCUGCACUAUGGCUGACUGGGACUAUGACUAUCUGAUCAAGCUGCUGGCACUCGGGGACUCGGGGGUGGGGAAGACCACCUUUCUCUACAGGUACACCGACAACAAGUUCAACCGCAAGUUCACAACCACAGUGGGCAUCGACUUCAGGGAAAAGAGAGUGGCGUACACAGGGAAAGGUGCAGAUGGGACGACUGAGAGGAACUUCAAAGUCCACCUUCAGCUUUGGGACACAGCGGGACAGGAGAGGUUCCGCAGCCUCACUACAGCUUUCUUCAGAGACGCCAUGGGCUUCCUGCUGAUGUUCGACCUGACCAAUCAGCAAAGUUUCCUCAACGUCAGGAACUGGAUGAGUCAGCUCCAGGCCAACGCGUACUGUGAUAGUCCAGACAUUGUGUUGGUGGGCACGAAGGCAGAUCUCCGGGAUGUGAGGGAUGUUCACAUCAGACAGGCCCGAGAUCUGGCCGACAGAUACGGCAUCCCCUACUUUGAGACGAGUGCGAUGACGGGUGUUGACGUGGACCCGGCGGUGUCCACCCUGCUGGACCUGGUGAUGAAGAGGAUGGAGCGCGGCGCUCACGGAGGCCAGAGCUCCGAGCCCAACGGCAGCCCCGUCGCCAGCCAUGAAGUGGAGGCGGUUCAAGUGAAGAGGUGGUGUUCCUGCUGA